AUGCUCGUCAAUGCAUCUUCUUUUCUCUUAGUUUUCUUUCCUACGCCGUUCUCACAGCAAUGCUUGUCUUUUAUCAUUCAAUUCUCUUUCAUUCUUUUUCUCUUUUCUUCUAUUUUCUCCUCGUCCCUUGACCAAUGCCUUCCUUCCUUCCUUCCUUCCUUCCUUCCUUCCUUCCUUCUCCUUCCUUCCUUCUCUUCCCUUUCUUUCUUUCUUUCUUUCUUCUAUUCGAUCAUUCUAUUUAUUGCCAUAUUUUUCAUUCGAUUUUUCUUGUCCGUUCUUUGUUUUUGCUUCAAACAUCUUACUUCUUUCUUUUUUAUCCGCGACAUUUUCUUUCUUUUUUCUCUCUCUCUUUUUAUACCCAUUCAUUUUCUUUACAAUUUCUUUUUUUUUCUUCUCCUUUUUUCCAGACGACAACCUUUCUUCAUAUUUCCGUUUCUUUUACAAUUUCUUUUUCAUCGUUAUUUAUUUUUCUUCGUUUUCUCUACAUCUCUUUCAAUUUUCAUUAAUUUUCUUAUUUCUUCGUUUUUCUUUCUCAUUUUCUUUUGUUUUACUUUCAAUUUUUUUCGUUAUAUCUUUUUUUUUCCUUGUAUCUUUUUUCAUCGCUUUUCUUCAUUCACUGAAAACUAUCUUCUUUGA